AUGGGUUGGUUGACUCCUGGAUCAUUGAUCCUGGGUGGUCUGCUGUCUGUGAGUGUGAUCGCAGCGUGCGGCAGCGACACGAUCGAUUGACAUCUUCCAGGUUCUACUUCUAGCUAUAAGUACAGUUGGUUAUAGACUGCUAGUCCAUCCACUCGCCCGUUUCCCUGGUCCACGACUCUGGGCUGCUUCGCGCCUGCCAUGGAUUCGCAGUACGGUCCGAGGCACCAUCGUCAAAGAUCUUCAAGAGCUACAUGAUCGUUUUGGCCCUGUUGUUCGAGUGGCGCCGGACGAACUGUCCUACAUCGACUCGCAAGCCGUGGCUCCUAUAUAUCAGUCAGCGCCAGAGAUGCCGAAAGACCCCAUGCAUCUGCCCCCUUUUCACAACGGAGCAGCACCGGGUAUUCUAGCUGCAGAUCAUGAGCAUCAUCGUCGCUACCGUCGUGCAUUGGCAUAUGGGUUCUCUGAUCAAGGCAUCAAAUCGAAGCAACCGCUGAUUCAGCGCCACAUCGACCAGCUUCUGCACAAGCUCGACAAGCGAUGCUCGUCAUCGGCAAUCGACAUCUGCGAGUGGUACAACUGGACUACAUUCGAUAUCAUUGGUGAUCUCGCUUUCGGAGAGCCAUUUGGUUGUCUUGAGAACGCAAAGACUCACGACUGGAUUGCUUCCAUCCAAGGCAAUGUAAAGUCCAUCCCGAUCGUCAAUGCUUUACGACGAGUGGGUAUCUUCUGGAUCUUGCCAUGGAUCCUACCCAGGACGCUUCAGGAGAAGCGCAAGAAGAACGCACAGUAUAGCGAGGAAAAGGUCAACAAGCGAUUAGCUGCUGGUGGGGCCCGUGGAGACCUUUGGGACGCCGUGAUCGGUAGUGACGAGAAGAAGCCGUUGAUGUCGAAGCCGGAGAUCAUUAGCAAUGCUAGUGCGAUUGUUGUUGCUGGCAGCGAGACAUCCGCCACGUUGUUGAGUGGAUGCACUUGGCUGCUCAUGAAGCAUCCUGACGUAUAUCAGCGCCUGAUCGAACACGUACGAAGCAGCUUUGAUGAAGAGGAGGAGAUCACGCUCAUGAGCGUUGGAAAGCUGGAUUAUAUGCUCGCUGUUAUAGAUGAAGCGUUGCGACUAUAUCCUCCAGUCCGUAAGUACAGACGAGAAACAUGAGCGAUUCAAAUCUGGUCACUGACGGUAUGUAGCAAUGCAAGCCAACCGACUCGUUCGUCCCGCUGGAGCCUCAAUCGCCGGCGAAUGGAUACCGGGAGGCACAUCUGUAGCACUACAACACUACGCAGCGUGCCGUAGCGACCUUAACUUUCGACGCCCUAGCGAAUUCUUGCCUCAACGAUGGCUGGGAGAUCCAGCAUUCGCCGACGACAAUCGGACAGCGUCGCAUCCGUUCAGCGUUGGUCCGCGGAACUGCAUUGGUCGCCAGCUGGCUUACGCAGAGAUGAGGCUAAUACUCGCACGGAUCCUGUGGAAGUUUGAUAUGGAGCUCGAUCAUGCCCGUAUGGGUACGGGCGAUUGGAUUCUGGAACAGCCGGUCUGGGUGCUGUGGUAUAAGAGCCCACUUUGGGUUAAGCUUAAGCCUCGUGCGGAUGAGUCUGGUCAAGUCGUUACAUAG